AUGACGGAGCACGAGGACCUGAGCAAAAACAUGGGUCACUGGAACUCUUCAGAGACCUACCAGCUGAACCCCGCCAGCGUCAUCGUAUCCGUGGUGUUCUCGCUCAUCUUCCUGCUAGGGACUGUGGGGAACAGCCUGGUUCUGGCCGUGCUCCUCAGGAGCGGUCAGGUCGGUUAUAACACCACCAAUCUGUUCAUCCUCAACCUCAGCGUGGCUGACUUCUUCUUUAUCAUAUUCUGCGUGCCUUUCCAAGCCACUAUCUAUUCCCUGGAGGGCUGGGUCUUUGGUUCCUUUAUGUGCAAGGUGGUCCACUUCUUCAUCAACCUGACCAUGUACGCCAGUAGCUUCACCCUGGCUGCCGUCUCCGUUGACAGGUAUCUGGCUAUCCGCUACCCGCUUCGCUCAAGAGAACUGCGGACACCGUGCAAUGCAGUUGUUGCCAUGGUAGUCAUCUGGGGUCUCUCUCUAGUUUUUGCAGGGCCCUAUUUAAGCUACUAUGACCUCAUAGAUUUUGCCAACAGCAACGUUUGUGUUCCGGGUUGGGAGGAGCACAACCGUAAGGUUCUGGACACCUGCACUUUUGUGUUCGGCUACGUGAUCCCCGUGCUUAUCGUCAGCCUCUCCUACACUCGGACCAUCAAGUACCUCUGGACGGCCGUGGAUCCGCUCGACGGCAUGUCGGAAUCCAAGAGAGCCAAGCGCAAAGUCACCAAGAUGAUUAUCAUUGUCACUGUGCUCUUUUGUAUAUGUUGGCUGCCCUAUCAUGUGGUGAUCCUGUGUUACCUCUAUGGUGACUUUCCCUUCAAUCAGACCACAUAUGCAUUCAGGCUACUGUCUCACUGUAUGGCCUAUGCCAACUCCUGUCUCAACCCCAUCGUCUAUGCCCUGGUCUCCAAACAUUUUCGUAAAGGGUUCAAAAAGGUGUUCAGCUGCAUCCUUAGCAAAAACGGGAGGAACAAAGUUCACGUAGUGCACGUUGCUAACACUGUACCUGGGUUCGAGGGUGGCUCUACCGAAGUGUCUCAGAUGAACGAGGAGAAUGCCAGACAAAAUGACCGUGAAAUGGUCAGCCGGCCGCUCGCUGAGGAGCAAGACGCCACAAUGACCAUAACCGUGCCCUUUCAGAAUCAGCCUUGA